AUUUUGACUACUUUCACAAUUUAUACCCCACAUAUCCACCCACAUAUAUCCAUACCCUACAUCCUUAUGUACAUCUGUAUCCAUACAUUCCUAUGUCCUCAUAUCACUCGUUCAACAUCCAGCGGUCAAUUCGUUGUCAUCCCAUCUCCAAUGCCGUGUUACGUCGCACUUCAAGUCCCCACUUAAUUCCCCAUAUCUCCAUCCGCCAUCUCCACCGUUUCCAAAACAACACACAACAACACUUCCCCACUCUUUCUUCAACAACACAACAAAUCACACCACAACAACAUAACAAACCAGCAAACUCACCGCCAUGGCUCAUUACGCAUUCGAAUACUGAUGCCCAAAUCCCAAAUCCCAUGGUAAUAUUUACCUACCCAACCUCCGUCUGCAUCCUCAAUCCUCCAUCCUCCGCUCCAUCAACCGGUGUCUGUGGAUCCCCUCCUUCCCUCCCUCAUCCACCCGUUACCCAUAUCCACAUCCACAUCCACAUCCACAUCCAUCCAUCCAUCCAUCCACCCAAGCAACCAACCCCACCGCACGGAGCACAUAUAUAAAUAGCUCACAUCAACACUAACCAGGCACCCCCGUCACAUUACCCAAACAUUACACAACAUACAAGGUAAGACUUGUUUGUUGACAUGGCUAUGGACAUGAAACAAGGCCGUAGCGUGAGAACUGGGGUGGUUACUGGGAAGUUUGGGGUGAAACAGGAUUCGUGGUACGUGGUGCAGGGUAGUGUAUAGUAUAUGGUGUGUAGUGUAAACAAGCCGGAGCUGAAGAUGGAGCUGAGGUGAAGUUGGUUGAGGGAAGGGACAAGGGUAAGCGAGUAAACACUCGCGUUCACGCUAUUUUUUUCCGACGCCACACUACCUUGCUA